CGGAUUGUCCAACGACUUUUAAAGUAGCUCAAUGUACUCCUUGCCAAACCACUGUUUAUCAACUCGAUGUCCGCUCGAACCCUAAAGAUGACACAUCCUCGUUGACUUGUGAUCAUCUUGGUCGAUUUACAGAUUUUUUUGAGGAUAAACCUGGUGGUGGUGAAAUGACUGCUGCAGAUGUCGAAAAUUUGGUUGCAGACUUUUGUAAAUUGGAUAAUCCUUGUCCAUCGAGUGUCUCGACUGUUGGAUAUCAAAAGCUUCAAAAAAAUUGUGCCAAAGAAAUCGCGGGAUCUAAUAACGAUAUGAUGGAUAUUGCUCUUGGUUAUUUUGAUUUAUAUUAUUAUGCGGUUCCGGAUUAUCAAAAUCUUUGUUUAAAGAGCUCAAAUAAUUCUGGACAUGAAUGGAUUAACGUUACAAUCGCCGAAUCUAAUUAUAUCAGUGAUAAAUUUGGUAACUCGACUCAAACGCCAACCAGGAAUGUUUUUCCGCCUACACUAAAAAUCUAUUACAGUUAUGAAAAUUCUAGUAAUAAGACUGACUCCAACACUGAUCUUCCGGAUGAUAUUAUGUGUAGUUCAGAUCUUUUACACAUAGCAAAUAUUUAUAAUCAAUAUAUUGCUGAUAAUAAAAUAACUGAUGGAUUCAGUGUCGUAACGGCUCAGGUUGAUAAGUUGCUUAAAAAAAUAAGCACGACGUGUCCUAAUGCACCUACUAAUACAACCACGAGUCCAACUACUAACACUAACGUAACACCCGCUAAAACCCCUAAUUCCAUUUCGGAUGCUUUAAAA